AGCCUAGGAGAGGCAUAAGCACCCAUCAGUGGCUCAUCCAUCAGAUCCUGGCACUGUGGUCUCUGGUCCUCACAGCAAUUCCCGGAGGAAGGGGUUGUCUCCAUCUUAGGUGAGGAAACUGGCUGAGAGGAAGUCACUUCCCAGAGUUGCCCAAUUCGGCAUGUGACUCCUGUUCCCAGUAUCAUAGUUCCUUCAGAUCAGGGAAUUGAUCCCAGGAUGACAGUUCUCAUCAACCCUGAUCAGUGGGUAGAGGCCUCCUAGAGCACCACGUCAGGAAAAGCUCUGAGGCCCAGUGCGGUUCCCUAGGAGGCAUGCUGUGAUUGAGCAGUGACCUCCACAGUGUGGUAUGGCUGUAGGUAGGAUCAAAAGACACCAUCUUUCCAUCAUGUGGCCUCCACCUCCCUGGAGCCUCAUUUCUCUAUGGGAAUAUUCAGCUUCCAAGUCUCAUCUUCACAACCGUUCCCUCCGAAGCUGAUGGGACCACCAUCACCAGUCCAAAUUCAGUCUAAGGAACUGGUCCGGACUGGUAAAGUGACUCACCUGGUCUUCACUGCAAGUUAGCGUCCAAGGUUUCUGGCUCUCUGAAGAUCUUUCCUCUUCACGGAGCUGAGGCUGGUGGUUUCUGUCCAGGGGAACUCACAUUGCUCAUCCCUUCUCCGAUCCAGCAGCCCUGUUGAAAAACAAUAUGCCUCCCAGGAAAGAACUGCUCUCCCAGAGGGUGCCGAUAAGAGCUUUGACAUGUUUCAAACGUGUGCCGAAGGAAGGAGGAAGAGAUGGGUCAGGCCCACCUGCUGCCCCCACCACACACCUGUUCCCUAUCCGUGGAGGAAGGCAGGGUGGUCCACCCUGCAGUCUUCCCAUGUGCUCAGAAUCCUGCCAGGUGCCUAACUGUCACCAUUUUAUUUCGUCUCCAUGACAGUCCUGUGAAGUAGCUAUUCACCUCUCCAUUUUACAGAUGGAGAGACUGAGACUCCGAGAUCAUGGCUAGCCAAGAUCAGAGAAAGAGAUGGCCAUGGUCUUUGAGGAGGCUUCAUUAGUGUGUUUCUCAGUGUGUUUUAUAUAUAUUUCCACCAUAAGAGAGGAAAUAGGGGGAGAAAAAGAGAUUAUGACAUGUUUAAAUAUCUCAAAGUUCUACAAUCUAAAGAAAAACUACUGUUGGGUGGAUAUAUUUUCUUCUAGACUUUCCAGAAUUAGGGUUUGGGUUGGUUGUUUUUCUUUUUUUUUAAAUGGAUAGUUAUAAUUUUCCUAGACAUGCAAUUUAUCCUUAUGAUACCUAGCAUUAUGGCAUCAGCCCCCUCUAUGAGGCCGCUGACUUUUCUGAGCAUGAUUUUUAUGGACUCCGUAAGAUGCCCAGGAGACUUCAGCAGCCAUCCUGAGUGGGCUGGGAAACCCUAGCCCGGAAUCAGGAGACCAGAGCCUGAACAUGGGCUGCCACCACCUUGCCAGGGGGCCAUGGAAAGUCAUCGCACAGUGGGCUACAGCCUCCUCGUCACUAAGGUGCCCGGCUGCAUACCCCACACUAUAGCCUUCGUGGCAGCAAAUGAGCAAAGGCCUUUUAUGAACUAUAAAGAGCUAUAAAGGUGAGAAUUUUCCUUAUCUUUCCUCAGUCUACCCCUGAGAAAGUUCCACCUUUCCCUUGGCUCCUGAGCCUUUGGCUAAGGGCAUGGAGCCACAGUGCCAGGCCCUAGCAUCUCUGAGACACUCCUAUAAAGGCACCCCUCCUGAUGUUACCCCAGGAGGGACUUCCUCUGCUCAGGACAGGGACCCUGACUCUCAGACACUGGCCCACGCCUCCACAGUGGUAAGGCAUCUCAGGGAUUUCUCCUUUCUCUUGACUGCCUGGGACCAUCUCCAACCCCCACCCCACCCCCCGAGAGACCUCGGAGCUCUGCUGGGAGCUCAUGAAAGCCCCCCUGCUCCCCCAGAGCCACUGAGUAUUAAAGACCAUGGCACCUCCCUCCUCCUUUCCCAGCAAAGUACGGAAACGUGCGUUCCACUUGAACCAGUUGUGAGGUUACUGCAGCCCAGUACAGUUCCAGUCUCUGCCCACCUCCCCUGUGUCAUCCUCCAUGUCCUCUAAAACAGACACCAGCUGACCUCCAGGAGUAGCUGCAGACGCGGGGGAGAAUGCGAGUCCAGCCCUAGCCCGUCGUCACUGGCUCCGACCACCUGCCACUGGGAAUGUCCAGGCCUGGCACAGAACAGGGGCCCCGGCCGAGGUGGCCACUGUGCAGGGCUGGGCGCGGGCCUCGUCCAGGGUGCUCCAGGAACAGGCACAAGCACAGCCCCCACCAUGCUGUGGCCCCUGCUGCUGCCCCCACUGCUGUUGCUUGCUGUGAGCAGGGCCCAGACGACCCGGCCAUGCUUCCCCGGAUGCCAGUGCGAGGUGGAGACCUUUGGCCUCUUCGACAGCUUCAGCCUGACCCGCGUGGAUUGCAGUGGCCUGGGCCCCCACAUCGUGCCCGUGCCCAUCCCCUUGGACACCGCCCACUUGGACCUGUCCUCUAACCGGCUGGAGACUGUGAAUGAGUCGGUGCUGGCAGGGCCAGGCUAUACCACACUGGCUGGGCUGGAUCUCAGCCACAACCUGCUCACCAGCAUCUCGCCCACCGCCUUCUCCCGCCUUCGCUACCUGGAGUCGCUUGACAUCAGCCACAACGGCCUGGCAGCCCUGCCGGCGGAAAGCUUCACCAGCUCACCCCUGAGCGACGUGAAUCUCAGCCACAACCGGCUCCGGGAGGUCUCGGUGUCGGCCUUCACUACCCACAGCCAGGGCCGGGCACUGCACGUGGACCUCUCCCACAACCUCAUCCACCGCCUUGUGCCCCACCCUGCGGGGGCCAGCCUGCCCACACCCACCAUCCAGAGCCUGAACCUGGCCUGGAACCGGCUCCGCACCAUCCCUGACCUCCGGGACCUGCCCCUGCGCUACCUGAGCCUGGAUGGCAAUCCCCUGGCUGCCGUGGGCCCCGGUGCCUUCAGGGGGCUGGCGGGCCUGACACACCUGUCACUAGGCAGCCUGCAAGGCCUCCCCCAGCUGGCGCCCUAUGGCUUUCAUGAUUUGCAGAGCUUGCAGGUCUUGGACCUGUCAGGCAACCCUAAGCUCAAGUGGGCAGGAGCUGAGGUAUUCUCAGGCCUGGGCUCCCUGCAGGAGCUGGACCUGUCAGGCACAGGCCUGCUGCCUCUGCCCGAGACGUUGCUCAUCCACCUGCCGUCACUGCAGAGCAUCAGUGUGGGCCAGGGUAUGCGGUGCCAGCGGCUGGUGCGGGAAGGCGCCUACCCCCGGCAGCCUGGCUCUAGCCCCAAGGUGGCCCUGCACUGCAGAGAUGCCCGGGGAUCGGCUGCUGAGCGCCCCAACACUUUGUGACGAAUGGUGUAGCCUGGGGCCAUAGAACAGACUGCUGCCCUGGGCUUCCUCAGGUCCUGGGUAACUUAUAUUUUCAUGUGCCAACGCCAGGGGUGGGGGAGACCCUGCAGGCCCGUGUGGCAGCAUCCUUGGAAAAGAGCUGUGGACCCAGGGGGAGGCUUUGGAGCUGGGACCAACACCCAGGAGCAAAGUCUUGCCCCCUUUGUCAUCCCCCAAACCAUAAGGAGAAAGUCUUUGAUGCCAAACCAGACAGCAGUCCCCUGCUGUCCUUCCCCACUUUGUCCCCAAAGUGCCUUCCCUCAGGCCUGGGCCAGCCUGACUUGUGACAGAAGGAGGGUGGAAGAGAGCCCCUGCUGCAGCAGAGCAUCCCCUCGGGCCUGCAGUCCAGUCACAUGGGCAGGGGCGGCUUUUACAAGGCAGUCCCCCUCUUUGUUCUGGGCACACGAGGCCUCCUUCCUCCUUUUCUUUUCCUCUAGAACCUGGGUAGAACCUUCGUCAUGGAAGGGACUAGAAAAAAAUACCAAGUGCACCUCCUCGCAACCGAGGGGGCAGCUGAGGUCUAGAAAAGGAACAUGGCUAAUCUGAGGUAAUGCAGCAGAGGCAUGACCGGCCCCAGCACCCUGCCUCCCAGGGAGGCCCUUUUACUUUUCUGUCUUCUCUAAAUCAUGCCCUCUGUCCCCUUCCCGGGCUCCCGCAUCCCAGGACAGGCAAGGACCUCGGAGGUGGGACCCUGGGCUCCAUAACCAGCUGUGUGGCACUGGUUAAGUCAGGUCACUGCGGAGUCUCUGGAAGCUUCAGGCAAGCCAGUUCGAGGCCUACCAGUUUCCCCACUCUGGCAUGGGGUCCCCCAGCAUCAAGAAUGAAAAUGCAUCCAGUGACCCCUGAGGUACUGCCUCGAAACCCAGGUCUUGGAAGUCAAUGAAGUUCUGGAAACCCCAAGGGGCCUCCUGGGUUCAGCCUCCCACUAGCUCUGAGCCCAAGGCCCUAUCUCAUCCAUCCAUCAGGAGGCGGGUACCCCCAUCAGUGUUUAUGCUCUGCCCAGGUGGCAUCUCAGCUUCCCAGCCCUGGGCUCUUUCCUUAGUAUUUGUUUUAUAAAAAUCGUUGCCUUUGUAAUGGACUGUCACUUGGACCACCCCCAUCCCCCCACCCCUGCCGGCAGGGGCUAGAAACGUUUCAUUUGUAAAAGAAGGAAAACAUUGCAUUUGUUCACUUUUGUAAUGCUGUGUCCUGGGGAUGCCUUGCGGGAGGAGGUGUUGGGGGAGAAGCCAGGCAUAGGUGGCCCAUUGGGGCUCCAUGGGCUGGUCCCACAGAGAUGCCCACAGGACAGUGAGAGCUCCAUCCUCCCCCACCAGGCCCACCCUACACCUACCUGGUCCUUGAUUUAAUAAACACUACAAACAGUC